CGAAAACUUAUAUUACCUUUCUAAACGUUUCCAGAAAGUCGAAAGAAUACACCUACCGAACACUAUCUCCAUCCAAUCAUCCAACCAUCGGCGUACGAUCCUCCACGCGACUCUUACUGCGACACUCCAUCAUGGAGGAAGUCAAUGAUCCCUUCAGCCUCGCAUCCCGACGACGCCAAGACGUAACAAAAGAACAAAUCAAGAACGAUUACCCGCAAGGCGACGCACGCCGACUUCGAAAGUUCUAUACUCGACAGAAUAAGCUUAUAGACCAGUUUCUCGGCGUCGAUGAUGAAGAGAGGGCGCAGGCUGAGGAAGAGGCUCGAGUCGCUGGCAAAAUAAAGUUUGCGGUUAACGCGUCCUUCGUAGUCAACUUUUGUCUUUUCGUCAUUCAGUUGUAUGCGGCUAUCUCGACGGGAUCACUGGCACUUUUUGCCACAGCAGCAGAUGCGUUUAUGGAUCUUGUUUCUUCUUUUGUCAUGCUUAUCACCUCUUGGCUGGCGGCUCGACCGAGCAUCUACAAAUAUCCUGUUGGUCGAACGCGGAUCGAAACCAUUGGCGUCAUACUGUUCUGCGCCCUCAUGACAACGGUCGCGGUCCAGCUUCUGAUCGAAUCGGCCAGAACAUUGGGCACCGGCAAGACCGAGUCUGAGGAGCUCCACCUGAUACCAAUUAUCUUUGUUUGCGUUGCUAUUUUCAGCAAAGCAUCCCUCAUGCUGUACUGCAUGACUUAUCGGAAGUAUCCAUCGGUUCAUGUGUUCUUUAUUGACCACCGUAACGACAUUGCUGUCAACAGCUUUGGCCUCAUAAUGUCGGUAGUAGGUGACAAGUUCAUCUGGUAUCUGGACCCUAUCGGUGCUAUCUGCAUUGCACUUCUGAUCCUUUUCUCAUGGAUCUCUAAUGCUUUUGAGCAAAUAUGGCUACUGGUCGGUAAGGCAGCGCCUCAAGAGUUCAUCGCCAAGUUGAUCUAUAUGAGCAUAACGCAUGAUGACCAGAUCUCUAUGGUUGAGACAUGCCGCGCGUAUCAUGCUGGGCAAAAGUAUUACGUUGAGGUAGAUAUCGUCAUGGAUGAGCAAACAUCUCUCAAGAUCAGCCAUGAUGUUGCCCAGUCACUGCAGCGAAAGAUUGAAGGACUUGGUGAUGUUGAGCGGGCAUUUGUUCACGUCGAUUAUGAAUGUGAGCACAGCAUCCAUGAAGAGCACAAGCCACUUUAUGAUAGAAAGUUGUAAAUGAGGGCAAACAUGAGCGAUAUUAUACGGUUCAGCC